AUGGUUGAAUCUCAUGUUACAUUAGAUCAUGAAAAGAUGCAAUAUCCACCUGAUGGAUUCAAAGAAAGACUGACUGAAAAGCCAAACUUGUCAUCAUUUGACGAAUAUAAAUCAAUGUAUGAACAAUCAAUUAAGGAUCCUGGUCAAUUCUUCGGUGAUAUGGCUACUAAAUUUUUAGAUUGGCAAAAACCUUUUGAUUUACCAAGAUAUCCUUAUGAUACUAAAGAUGAUUUCAAGGAUGGUGAUAUUCCAAAUUGGUUUGUUAAUGGUCAAUUGAAUGCUUGUUAUAAUGCUGUUGAUAGAUGGGCUUUCAAAAAUCCUGAUAAACCUGCUAUUAUCUAUGAAGGUGAUGAACCUGAUAGUUCAGAAAUUAUCACUUACGGUGAAUUAUUGAAAAAGAUUUGUAAAUUAGCUCAAUGUUUAACCAAAUUAGGUGUUAAGAAAGGUGAUUCAGUGGCUGUGUAUUUACCAAUGAUUCCUGAAGCUAUUGUUACCUUAUUAGCUAUUGUAAGAAUUGGUGCUAUGCAUUCAGUUGUUUUCGCUGGGUUUUCUUCAACUUCCUUAAGAGAUCGUAUUCUUGAUGCUAAUUCCAAGAUUGUUAUCACUGCUGAUGAAUCUAAAAGAGGUGGUAAAACUAUUGAAACCAAAAAAAUCGUUGAUGAUGCUUUAAAACAAUGUCCUGAUGUUUCUAAUGUUUUAGUUUAUAAAAGAACAGGUAAUUCUCACGUUCCUUUCAAUAAAGAAAGAGAUUUAUGGUGGCAUGAAGAAAUGGAUAAAUUUGGUCCAUACUUCCCGCCAGUUCCUGUUGAUAGUGAAGAUCCUCUUUUCCUUUUAUAUACUUCAGGUUCUACCGGUAAACCAAAAGGUGUUCAACAUAAUACUGCUGGUUACUUAUUAGGUGCUAUGUUAACAACUAAAUAUGUAUUUGAUGUUCAUGAAUCAGAUAUUAUUUUCACCGCUGGUGAUAUUGGUUGGAUUACUGGUCAUACUUAUGUUGUUUAUGGUCCAUUAUUGAAUGGUGCCACUACAGUUGUUUUUGAAGGUACCCCAGCUUAUCCAAAUUAUUCACGUUACUGGGAAAUUGUUGACAAAUAUAAGGUUAACAUUUUCUAUGUUGCACCAACAGCUUUAAGAUUAUUAAAAAGAGCUGGUACUAAAUUUAUUGAAAAUUAUAAAUUAGAUUCUCUUAGAGUUUUAGGUUCAGUUGGUGAACCAAUUGCUGCAGAAGUUUGGCAUUGGUAUAAUGAUAAUAUUGGUAGAGGUAAAGCUCAUAUUGUCGAUACUUAUUGGCAAACUGAAUCAGGAUCUCAUUUAUUGACUCCAUUAGCUGGUAUUACACCUACUAAACCAGGUUCAUGUUCAUUACCAUUUUUCGGUAUUUUACCAAAAAUCUUAGAUCCCGUUAAUGGUCAUGAAUUAACUGAAAAUGAUGUUGAAGGGGUUUUAGCUAUUAAGAAUGCUUGGCCAUCAAUUACUAGAGGUAUUUAUAAUGAUUAUAAUCGUUAUAUCGAUACUUACUUAAAACCUUAUCCAAAUCAUUAUUUCAGUGGUGAUGGUGCUGCUAGAGAUAAAGAUGGAUUCUUCUGGAUUUUAGGUAGAGUUGAUGAUGUCGUUAAUGUUUCAGGUCAUAGAUUAUCAACAGCUGAAAUUGAAGCCGCUUUAAUUGAACAUGAAUUAGUCGGUGAAAGUGCAGUUGUUGGAUAUGCCGAUGAUUUAACCGGUCAAGCUGUUGCUGCUUAUGUAUCAUUGAAAGAUACCGUUAAAGUUGAUGAUGCCGAUGCUGUCAAGAAAGAAUUGAUUUUAACUGUUCGUAAAGAAAUUGGUCCAUUCGCUGCACCAAAAUUGAUCUUAUUAGUUGAUGAUUUACCAAAAACUAGAUCAGGUAAGAUUAUGAGAAGAAUUUUAAGAAAAGUUUUAGCAGGUGAAGAAGAUAGUUUAGGUGAUAUCAGUACCUUAUCUAAUCCUGCAGUGGUUGAACAAAUUAUCAAUGUUGUUAAAUCUUCCAAGAAGUAA